AUAAUUUUAUCUCGAUCAAAAUGAUUUUUCUUUGAAUUAUUGUAAGGUGCCUUCACAGUAAGGGAUUUAAAUUAGAUAGUCGAAUUCAAAAAAAUAAUAAUAAUUGACGCCCUAAUGGUUAAUUAGCUAUAUUGUUAACAGAAGGUAGGGGACAGUUCUUAAGUCAUAUUCAUCAUGUGCAUACAGUAUAGCUACCCCUUUGUGUGUUUAAGGCACGUAUGCCUCUUAUUUCAUCAGUCGGCGUGCCAUCGAAAGAAUGAAUUGUUAGCAGAUAAGUGAUUCGUUCCUGACUCACGCUGUGAGCCGCUCGGAUACAAUGAAGAGCGCGGCGCUGGCAGGAGGAAGCGAAGCGUGCGCCCAGGUGCGCUGGCGGCGCAGGAAGAGCGGGUCCGGUUGCUCGGAAACCGCUGUAGGGUGAGGAAAAGCGAGGUAUGCCAGCAGCUGCAAGUUAGGAAAGCCGGGAGUUUCUUGGUUUGGAUGCGUCCUGAUAGCAGCUGGAGUAUGUCAACAGCAGGACUUGCUGCCCAGGAGAUACGUGUGCCUCUGAAGAGCCCUUUCCUGCACAGGACCCAUUGCCCGAGCAUGGCCAGCACCAGACCCUACUGGGACCAGCACAAUGACCUGGACAACUUGUACUUCAGCCUCGAUCCAGCGUCAUUAGGGUAUAACCUCAAACCACACCAGCAGGUCCCUGUGUCUCUGAGCUUUGAGAGGCAAAACAGUCACCAUCAAUCCCCGCAGAGCCCUGGUGCGCAGCGCCUGCCGCCCAAGAAAUCUCGCCCUUCCCAGCUCGUCCUGCCCCCCUGCACGGACCCCUUCUUGUCCAGCUCUCCGGAGGGCGACCAGGUGGUCCCCUCUUUCCAGAGGCUGUCCGUGUACGAGCGUACGCCCCCCCACACCCCAGGGAGGGGAGCCAAACCACUGCCUCCCCUUCCGGGACCGCAGAGCGCGGAUCUGUCCUCGGAUGAGGCCGUCGACAGCGAGGUGGAGUUUCUCACCAGCUCGGACGACAGCUGCUGCCUCGUGCCGGAGACCUGCUCUAAGCCCUUAGCCUUCCGGUAUGGAGUGCCGAGCCGUCGCAGUUUCAGAGGCUGUGGGCAGAUCAACUAUGCCUAUUUCGACGGCCCCAGCGGAUCCCAGAUCCAGGAGCAGCAGUGCCAGGAGGAGUCCGAGCAGCAGCAGCAGCAGGCAGCCGCCAAAGACGGCGCUAAACAGCAGGACCGUCCCCACCGCCGCCUGCGCCGGUCCCACUCGGGCCCAGCGGGCUCCUUCAACAAGCCUGUCGCCCUACGCCUGUCCUCCCACCAUCCCGGCCACGUCCAGGACAAGCCGGAAGUCCCCCCCCGCGUGCCCAUCCCGCCCCGCCCCGCCAAGGCAGGAGACUACCGCCGCUGGUCGGCCGAGGUGACCUCGGGGGGCUACAGCGACGAGGACAAGCCCCCCAAGGUGCCCCCCAGGGAGCCCCUGUCCCGCAGCGGCUCUCGCACCCCGAGCCCCAAGAGCCUGCCCACGUACCUCAAUGGGGUGAUGCCCCCCACCCAGAGUUUCGCCCCAGACCCCAAGUACGUCAGCAAGGGCCUGCAGCGGCAGAACAGCGAGGGUUCGCCCGCCUGCCGCGCCCCCUGCAUCCUGCCCAUCAUCGAGAACGGGAGGAAGGCCAGCACCACCCACUACUUCCUGCUCCCCCAGCGGCCCGUCUACCUGGACCGCUUUGAGAAGUACUUCAGGGAGGCCGAGGCCGAGUCGGGCGGCGGCGGCCCCAGCACGGACUCCAAGUGGGACUGCCAGGCGAAACGGAAGCACCACGCGCACGUGGUGUCGCCGUAACCGUGGCCGCUGGAGAAGGCCGCCCUUCGCGGGGCGCUGUCUGGGAGCGCCCUGCCGCCAUCGCCCCCCCCCACCCCAAGCCGAAAACGUUCGGGCGGCUAACGUCGUUUGUCCGCCUGUGCUGACCGAUUUGUUUUCCUCAAAGCCAAUAACCGCUUAAAAGUGGACACUUUUAAAAACAGCCUGCCAGACGGUUGUUUUCGUUUUCUUGUUUUCUCUUCAUUUUACGAAAUUAGUAACGCAUAUCUGCUGGGAGGGAGGGGUAAGCGAUGUACCAACAGUUUGAAGGGGUUUUUUCUUUUUCCCUCCCCAGAAAAGCAAAACUUGCCUCAAGACAUGGAUUCAGUAUCUUGCAUUUAAGAAAAAAAAAAUCGAAAUGGAGUUAUUCAGACAGUUAUCUAUUGUGGGGAAUAUAAUUCACUCAGACGUUAUUUUUGAUAUUGCUGUUAUUUUUAUGAAUGUUGUAUGAAUAUUAGUAUUGUGGUGUUGACCUAGUAAUGAUACUAUGUCAGGAGGUGUGACACAAGCUGGACUUGUGCCUUGCUCUUCAGUGUUUAUUUCUCGUACGCAGCGCUGCAGAUAGUGUUUCCGUCGUGUGUGGUUUGUCAGUAGUGGCUAUUGUACUGUACUUCCAGGCAGCAGCUUGUGUAUGCUGUAGGAAGAGUCGGAGAGGGUCACUUUGAAUUCAUGAGGGGGCGGAAGUAAAAAAUUUAUUUUUUCUUUUCUGAGUUACUAUGAAGGCAAAACUCAUCAUGUACAAAACCUGCCUUCCUUUGUGUACUGUAUGUGCAGAAUCCAGCUUCUGUGGCUGUGUUUGGAAACUGGAGUACAGCAGGAGUUCGGCUGUUCUCCUCGUACCGAAUGCCAGACAGAGUGGUUUCUGUGUGUAUAAUGAGGGAAGGGUUGUACAGUGUGUGUAUGUGUGCGUCUGGGGAGUGGUGUACAGUGUGCGUCUGUCUGUAAAGGCAAGAACAGUGUGUUCCCGAUGUUUGUGAGAUGGGCUGAGGGGGGAGUAAUGGUGUUCUGUGCAUUGUGAUUGAGUGUCCGUGCGUGGGAGACCAGCUGUGUGAGGACUGUGUGCUGUCUGUUCCGGAUGUUCUAGAAAAGCCAAACUUUUGUUCUGAUGCAUUACCUGACUUUUUUUCUGCUAUCAUUUGCCCCCGGAUAUACUGGAUAACUAAAGCAGUUUCAAUGCAGGAGUACAUAAUACCCAGAUGAACUAAAAAAAAAAAAUAUGAAGGAAUCUCUUUUCAACAAGUCUUGUUUUGUUUUUUUUCCUGCACAAAAAAGUGGAUCUGUUCUGCUCAUGAAUGUAUGUCAUUGUUUUGUUUGUUUUUUAAAUUGUCUGUUCUAGUCAUGUCUGGAAAUAAAUUGAUUAUGGCUAACAUUAUCUGAUCCAUAAUCACAAAAUACUAGAAUAAUCCAAUUCUUUCUGUUACCUCAAUCUAGAACUAACUACAUUGAACAAGACUGAGCUAAUGGGAAAUACCAGGCCAGUUCGGAAGGAGUAUCUUAGCUAAGCCCUCCUUUAACUUCGACACGCAUGGCCACACAUUUCUGAUUAGUGGAUUUACAGUCCUCUUGGGUCUUUAGAGCCUAUUCAGAAAUGUGUAUUUGCUCCUACUAAUACUACCGUAAAGCUCAAUCUUGGAAGUUUUUUUUUAAAUACCAUGUACUCUGUGGUUGUUACAUUCACAUUUUGUUACAUUUUGACUUUUAAUAAUAUUAUAGUAAAUUUUUUCCCCUUUUUCUUUUGUUUUCAGUUGAUCUCAAAUGGCCAUAUUUUAUCCAGCAUCAUCUAGAGAGGAAAAGUUGGGAAUCAGAAUUUAAUAGAAAUAGAAUCCAUUAUCCAACCAUUGCAAUAGUAUUGGCUUUCUGAAAAGCCAGGUUUUAUUCCAACAUCAAAAAGACCACCUUCUGUAAAGUGCUGUCUGUAACAAGCACUGCAUGUGCGUUCCAAAUUCAGCGUUUCGAGGUGGGGAAAAUUCAGAACUUUCCUUUAACAACCCAGUUUGUACAUCCCAUUUGUCCAACUGCCUCGCACCAAAGUUCUCAUAGAUGUCUGUGUGUGGUAUCAAUGCACAUUCUCUGCGGUUUUUAUACUGCAAUAUACUGGGGUCAAUUUAAAGGGAAGAUGGAGUCACUCAAUCUUUCUAAGAUCAUUUAAUCCAGCUCUUUUUACUACCCUUGCUGAGUGGAUGUUAAUUAUAUUGGUUUAGAGGAUCUGGGUUUAUCAACUUAAAAAAAAAAUUAAACCCAGGUUACUGAACUGAAAUGGCCUUAUCUGACAUGCGUAGCAUUUCCUGUACAUAGACUCCUGUCUGACUGUGAUUACAGUGGGUGUGGUUGUGCAGACUUUGGCUGCUGGAAGCUAGAAAAUACGUUUUCAAUUUUAUAAGCUCUUUUUGUUUUAAAAGGAAAAAGUGUCAAGCUGAAACUACAUAUGUAGCAUUUACGUUGCCGAUUUCAGCACGGAUGUAGUAAAAAGAGGGCCCCGGGCCACUUUAUUUGUUUUAGGAACGCAUACUUCUGCUCGUAGGAUGGUUGUAAGGUGUGUUUAAAAAUGAAUCCCUGCUUCCAUCAUCUUCUGUCUUCUGCACCCCCUCCACUAGCAGAGAAGUAAUGUUACUGAUAAACCACCUGAUUCGAGGACGCCUCCUGUUCUGUUCUGCAGGGAAUUGCACUGCCCUCUGCUUUGUGUAUGAUUUUCUCCAGGUACUUUUUAUGGGCAUGGUGUAACUGAUGACAGGGGUGCCGCUCGGAUUUCUUUGAUAGCUGUGAUCUUUGUAUGGUUGGUAGGGCAGAAGACCAUGUGGGGUCAGGUUUGCCGUUGUCUCCUAGGUGCCUACUGUAACCUCAAAAAAAAAAAAAUCACAUAGGGGCAGCAGCAGCAUCUGCUUACAGAUUUUUACUGUUUUUGAUGGCGGUAGAUCUCUUCAGCUGCAAGGGGAUUGUUCUUGCUCAAUACUUUCCAUAAUUGAAAAGGAGAAUCUGUUUAACCUGCCCUUUAGUUUCUCAUCCUUACUUCAGCACGUGGACCCUGUUCUCAACUGUUAGCUGACCUUUUUUUAUCAAGAGACGUGAUCCAAUACAUGAGUGUGAUGAAGAUGUCACUCUUGUGUGAUGUCUCAGUGAUUCUAGAGGAGCAUUGAUACAAAUUCAGGACAUUGCUGCUGCACCUGUUCUGAAUAAUCUGUUUCUCAUCACAAGGGUUUUG